CUAGGCCCAGCCUCGGGGUCCCGGGCGGAGGACUCCAGUGUCCGCGGGUCCGCGUCUCCGUGCUUCGCUGUGGUGCCGGCUGCCCGGAGCCGGGAUGCGCUGCGCCUGCUGCGGGUCCUCAUCAUGGAGACCAAACGCCUGGAGAUUCCCGGCAGCGUCCUGGACGAUCUCUGCAGCCGAUUUAUUUUGCAUAUUCCCAGCGAGGAAAGAGACAAUGCAAUCCGCGUUUGCUUCCAGAUUGAGCUGGCCCAUUGGUUUUACUUGGAUUUCUACAUGCAGAACACACCAGGAUUACCUCAGUGCGGGAUAAGAGACUUUGCCAAAGCUGUCUUCAGUCAUUGUCCAUUUCUGCUGCCACAAGGUGAAGAUGUGGAAAAAGUUUUAGAUGAAUGGAAGGAGUAUAAAAUGGGAGUACCAACAUAUGGUGCAAUUAUUCUUGAUGAGACACUUGAGAAUGUGCUACUGGUUCAGGGUUACCUGGCAAAGUCAGGCUGGGGAUUUCCCAAGGGAAAGGUAAAUAAAGAAGAAGCGCCCCACGACUGUGCGGCCAGAGAGGUCUUUGAGGAAACUGGUUUUGAUAUAAAAGACUAUAUUUGUAAGGAUGACUACAUUGAACUUCGAAUCAAUGAUCAGCUCGCUCGCUUGUACAUCAUUCCAGGAGUUCCAAAAGACACAAAAUUUAAUCCCAAAACUAGAAGAGAAAUUAAGAAUAUUGAAUGGUUCUCCAUUGAGAAAUUGCCCUGUCAUAGAAAUGAUAUGACUCCUAAGUCCAAGCUUGGCUUGGCACCUAAUAAGUUUUUCAUGGCCAUUCCCUUUAUCAGACCACUAAGGGACUGGCUGUCUCGAAGAUUUGGAGAUUCCUCAGACAGUGACAAUGGUUUUUCCUCAUCUAGUAGCACACCAGCUAAACCCACAGUGGAAAAAUUGAGCCGAACUAAAUUCCGCCACAGCCAGCAGCUGUUUCCUGAAGGUUCUCCUGGUGACCAGUGGGUAAAGCACAGGCAGCCACUGCAACAGAAGCCUCAUAGCAACCACAUGGAAGUGUCAGACCCUUUCAAGGCAAAGAAUCAAAAUACAAGAGGGAAUGGCAGAAAACAGUAUCAAGACUCACCUAAUCAGAAGAAGAGAGUGAACGGAGUUCACAGUCAGCCAGCGAAGCAGCAGAGUCCCUUGAUGAAAUGUGAAAAGAAGCUGCAUCCACGAAAACUUCAGGACAACUUUGAGACAGAUGCCGUAUAUGACUUGCCAUGUUCUGGUGAAGACCCAUUGGCAGAACAUGCUGAGGGACACUCUGUGGCAUGUAACGGACAUUGCAAGUUCCCAUUUUCAUCUAGAACCUUUUUGAGUUUCAAGUUUGACCAAAAUGCCAUCAUGAAAAUCUUGGACCUUUGAUAACAGCUAGUGUAUUGCAGAAGUCCCAUGAUCAGAGACCUGUUGCAUUUGAGUGGGUGUCUCCUCAAGCCUUACCUUUCUCAGGUAUUUGAAAGAAAUGCAGGGAGGCAAUGUUUCUAAAGAGAUUUUUUUUGUACAGAAGAGAAACUAGAAAGAAACACAAGUUUGCACUGUAAAUUCAGUUAAACUUUUUAUAUGGAUUUACCGUUUCAGUGUUUGGAACCCAAGUUUUAUUUGCCUGUGUUUUUUGUUUUUUUUUUUUGUUUGUUUUGUUUUUUUUUUUUUUGUCUUUUCCUUUUUUGAGGGCAUUUAUUUUGCGUGACUGUGGGUCUUAUUUUUUUAUUCUGAUCAAGAAAAGAGUUGUUUUGAUGGAAUCAUCAACAAGUAGCCAAGUUAAUAGUAUUUUAUCUUCCCAUCUUAGUGAUUGCAAAAAGUUUGCUUAUUGAGAAUUUAAAAAGAAACUUAAAACCCCAAUUACUAAUGAGCAUAAAAGCUGAACCGUGACAUCAAGAUUGCAGGCGUUUUGCUCAUUUCUCUGCUUCUAACCACUGAGAAUCGAAUCCUUCUAGUUGGAGUUUUGUCAAUUUGUUUAGUACCUCAUCUUCAAAACAAUACUCAGUUGCAAAGCAAACUCCUGAGCACUUCAUCAAGAAGAAGCCCACAGCCUGGAGAGAGAUGCAGUCAGUGGGGAGCUGAUGACGUAAUUUUGAAUUAUGACGUUUGCUGUUGGAAAACUUGUAGUGCUGGAGCAGAGAACAUGGAAGCCAGGAGCUGGCAGUUGUUUGGGUCAUGCCUUGACCAUCCUGCCUCCAACUCCACAAUUCAGUAUUGUGCAAUGAUUAUACUCAUGUGAAACAUGUAUACAUAUUAUAGUGUGUAUGUUUGGAAAACUACAUACUUAGUUUUAUAUUGCAUCUCAGUGUUGAUCUGUGGAAGCUGAUGUUAAUAUUAGGUUCCUGUUUGCAGUAAUAGCAGAGUGACAUGCCUUUUAUUAAUAUCCUGAAGCCCCUGGGUUACAAAGUAAGGAAGAAGGGGUUAUGCAAUUUACCCCAGCAUGUCAUUUCACUGGGGGACCCUUGGAGUAACGUACUUAGCUCACAUCUAGGAAUGUAUUUCGGGCCUCUAGGAUUCUUAAAUCCAAACAAGAAUGACAGUGCCUGCUUUACAAAGGGUCAUCUCUAAUGGAGGACAAUCACCAGAGCUUUAAGGAGGCAAUACAAUUUUGGCUGCAUCUGACCUCACUGAGAAUAUUUCCGGGGGGUGGGGGGGGGCUGUUUGUGCAUGUCUGCACGUGCAUCUGUCAUGUGGGUUUUUAAGAGUUGUUUUUUACAAGUGGUAUCCACAAAGUAUAUUCCUGCUUAUAAAUAUUACUAUAGAAAUCUUUAUUCUGUAUAUGCAGCCUAUUUAACUGGGGUUCUACUUAACCCCAUGGAACCUUUAAGAGAAGGGCUAUUAUUGUAAGGAAUUUACUUGGUAUUGCUACUUUAGCUUUUAAAUGGCUGAUUUUAAAGAAGAAGUUCUAUUUAUUAAUGAACAUGUCACUCGGUGCUGAGCAGGAGACUUCACAAUAACAGUGUGUUCAGAAUCUUUUAUUCGACUACUUUGUGAACCCUUCUAUGACCUUUGCUUUUAGUGCAUUAUCUGAUUGUGUUUGGAAGCCGUUAUUAUUCUCCUCAGAAACACAGCUGCUUUGCUUGGGUCUUUUUGAGCCAUAUUUAUAUUUGGUCCCAGCAUUCCAGAUUUCUGUUAAAUGGUUAAAGGAGUGAAAACUGAAGUUUGCUUGGCAAUGCAUCAUUUUCACUCAUCUGGAAAACAUUUAAGUGUGUGUGUGUGUGUGUGUGUGUGUGUGUGUGUGUGUGUGUGUGAGAGAGAGAGAGAGAGAGAGAAAUUCUUUUUCUUAAAUGAGUACUUUAGUUGGUCUCUCUGGUUCUUGUAGAGGUUGGAGUUUUUCAGCUCUCAGUAGUAUUAAAGCAAAAGCAAUUAGUUACCAGAAUAUGGGACCUGUAAAGAGGUCAACUGUAAGAACCGACCGUUGAUGUGCUGCUUUAUUUAAUGCACUGUGGAACAAAAUGAGUGUGGUUGGGAUGCAAUUAUGAUAACUUCGGGUUUUAGCUUUCAGCAGUCUGAAGUCAAAAGCAUGCUGAAAGAGGAAUGAAGGUGUGUGUGCAUGUGACUCACCUAUGCAGAAAAUAUUAAGUUGGUGUACCUUGUUAAUGUUCAUCCGCUGUACUUACUCCUUCACUGUUCAGGUUAUCUGAGAGAUCAUGUUUAGCACAGGGCUGGAUUUCUUCACUGAGCUGUGUUAGCAUUUCUUCAUGGACUCUGGUAAUGAGGGUGCUGAAUAUGCAAUAAUGUACUUCUGUGUAGUGCUGUGUUUAAAGACGCUAGAUGGAACAGUAGAUACAUCGGCCUUAUUAUUUUUGUGUGUGAGGGGUAGGACUUUGAAAUCACUUUUUAAAUGUCCUUCGCCUCCAGCCGCAUGUGUUCCAGGAUGCAGUGCACUGUGAAUCUUUUUAAAUCUGAGUUGGUAGGUGCUCUUAUGUGUAACUUCAGCAGUUUGAAGAAUGUUAAAUGACUUUGUCCUUAACCAUUGUUCUCCAAGAGACAAAGGAUACAGUUUACAUACUUUUCUAUAAGUUUCUGUUAAGAAAUAGUGAAUGAAUGAUUCAAGGAUUUCAAACAGUGGUUCUGUUUUGAGACAUGAGCAUUGGGAGGGGCUGGCAAAACCCAGUGGAUCUGAUAGCUUGGGUGAAACUGAUUAAAUAUGUUAAAAGAUCUAAGUAGACCUUUGUACCAGUAUAUGAAAGAUAGUCUCCCAGAACUGUCAGAAAAAUUGUGGUCACUGCUUGCUGUUUUGACCUUUGAAUAUCGUUAUUUUUAUAUUAGAUACAGAUAAUGGAGCUAUAGCGCAGAUUAAUACUGUGCUGUAAGACUUGGAUAUACUUCUUCUUUUGGAAGUUUUAAUAAUUUACAUGUCAUGUCAAUAAACAACUCUAAGAGAAUGACUAUCAGAAUCAAAUUCCUUUAUAAAAUACUAUGUUUUCUAAAAAUGUUAAGGAUUGGUACCUGUAUUCAUUAAAACAUUUCAUUACCAAAACCCUCACCAGUUCUGUUUCUCUAAUAAGGAAAGAGGGAGACCUAGAAAUGAUGAUUUGCUGAGCAGGUUUUCUUCCCAUAAUGCCUCCUGGCCUUCUCUGUACUUGUGUGUACCUGCUUGGAGAUUUUAAUGACAGCUGUUUUGUCUGUGUUCUCUGAGGCAGUAUUUUCUUUGUAUUAUUAUUUGUGGUUGUAUUUAUUAAUGCUUCUUCCUCCUGGUUUUGAGUUGGAUUCUUGUGUAGCCUGAGGAAAGAGGUUCAAAUAUGUCAUAACAUGAGUUGACCAUCAUCAAAGGGCACCACUAUUGUGUCUAAAGGUAUUCUUCACCUUUAUGGGUGUAGUGUUACUCAUUACAGCUUGGCAAAGCUGGGCUAGAAUAGCUCAUCCCUGGUGUCAUGACACUUUAGAAUACGUUUGUAUCAUUUCUUAAAUGCCUAGAAAUGGGCUUAUCGUAGUCCUUCUCCACAACUUUGUCUCUCUACAUAGAAUUGUUAUUCUUGAGGCCUGUGUCAGAGGGGCCAGAUUGAGAUUGGCAAUAUGAGAUUUGUGCUAAGUAGAUUGCCAUUGCCAGGUGUGUUGGGAAGUUUUCUUGAAAAGAGCAGCUAGUCAGUAGCCGCUGUAGUCAGUAGCUGCUGGCAGAGUGUGGGGAGAAACUAGUGCAUUCUAGCACUUGCACUCUCCAGGUGAGAUCCGUGGCUGGCGCCCAGCCUUAGCAGAAUCGAAAAGUACAGUCCUUGCCAGGCAUUUUCCACUCCUUAGCGAAGUGUUGGCUAAGUAUGAUGGCCACGCAAUCCAUUGAUUCUCGUGUAAUUCUUCCCACUUUAAUCACCAGCAUUUGGGCCCUUUCUGUGUGGGUUCUGCUGAGCGCCAGGCCCUCUGGGUUUUGUUUACCUCUCUUUUUUUUUAUGACUUUAAUUUCUUUCUAAUGGAUGUUUUGCCAUUCUAUUUGUAUGUGUGCCACAUGUGUGCCUGAUGUCCAAGGAGGCCAGAAAAGAGUGUCAGAUGAUUCCCCCUGGAACUAGAGUUACAGUGUUAGAGAUGGAACAUGGCUCCUCUGCCGGAACAGCCCGUGCUCUUAACCAUCCUGCUGUUGAUAACAAGAUAGCCCAAUGUGUGGCAUAGUCAUGUGUGCAUGUGCGGGCAGCAGUUUCCUUGUGACAAACAUCAUUUGUCACUGAGGUAGCUAGUGAAAACUGAGGCCUGGGCCUAGCCUCCUGCAUAGAACUGAAUAGAGUAACAUAGUUCUGAUAGGGGUUUGUUUGUUUCAGUGUCCCCUGGUUAUGUCUUUAUAUUUUGUGGUAAAGCUCAGAGACUUUAUUUUGAGAAGUGUUUACACUGUAAUAUCUAAUUUGAAAUGAACAAAAGAGAGAUUACGUUUAUCUUGGGUCUUAGUGUAGCAGAGAGUUGGGUUCUGUCUGUGUAGCUGCCUGAAUGCACAGUCUAAAAGGUAUUUACUUCAGAUGCUAGUAGUUAGGCAGUGUUAGUCAAGGGGUCUCUGGGGAAAGAAAGUACAGGAAUCAGGUUCAGGGUAUGACUUGCUGUUGCUGCUGCUGCUGCUGCUGCUGCUCCUCCUCCUCCUCCUCCUCCUCCUCCUCCUCCACCUCCUCCUCCUCCUCUUUUUAAGGUCUUAGUCCUCAUCUUUAUUUCUGAAGCGAAAAUGUUCAUCCCUCAACAGUCCAUGGGUAGUGGGUUCAGGUGGGAAAAUGUAAGCUGUGAUAGUUCCUCUGAAAAACCAUGCUUUUCUCCCCAUGCAGUCUAGGCUUUCACAGGUGGGUGGACAUGGCACAUGGGUAUAGAGAGCAGGCAGAGGGGAUCCCAGGAAAACCUGCUGGGAUACCUGGGCACUUCUGGUUCAUUUUCAUUGAGGGGAGAGUGGAUGUGUCUGGUCCAGUAAAAUCCUAAGAAAUGGUUGUGUAGAUUGCAUCCUUGUUUAAAUCUGAGUGCCUCGGCUAUGAGCAGGGCAAGUCUCUUAGGCAGGGUCUUGUUGCUGCCACCUACCCGAGAGGGUCAUCCAGGGAGCUCUCUAAGGCAGUUCGUGAGCAAAGGCCACUGGGAGGCUGUUUUCAGGAGGAAACCUCUGGGACCACACUCUUCUUGCUGGCCUGGCAGCCUGGGUGUGGAAGGUCUGUUGGCCUUGUGAUUUCUUCGUGUCUGCUGCCUGUCUCUGCUUCAUGACUCUAAUGUGGUGCCUGGGCCACAUCUUGGCCUCACAACUGCCCAGUCAACCACCAUCACCCAUCAGCCCACUCACCCAUUCAUCUACCUUUCUGUUUAUCUGUUUAACUUCUCUUUAUCAUCUGUCACCUCUCAUCUAUAUCUAUAUACCUACCAUAUGUCAUUUAUCUCUCAAUCAGUCAACUGUCAUAUUUCUGUUUUUCUACUUAUGUAUCUUUAUAUGCUCUGUCAUUUAUAUUUUUCUAUCUAUCAUCUAUGUAGUAUUUGUUUUCUGUCUUCCUAUCUUCUGCUGUCUAUUUACUUAUCCAACCAUAUAGAUAGUCCAUAUUUUUUAUGGACUAAUCUUUUUUCAAGUAUCUGGAGCCACUGAAGGUCUUGAGAACACCAGUAUGAGUCUGACAUAGAUGCAAAUAUAUCUGGAUGUGUGGCCUGGGGUUUCUGAGAUCACAAAUUCACAUGCCUUGUUUAGUAACAAGGCUGCCUAGUAUUGUCUCUUCAUUGGACCCUUUCUGCUAUACUCGGGGGUUCCUGUCCUGUAACCAGGUGUCCUAGACCAGCAGCUCACUCACCUGUGGCAUGUUCCAGAAAAUCAUCUUGAACACAUGAUCGUCUACUGUUUGUUGAAGAAAAGUCCCCAGAGCUAGGUUGGUAUCUAAGUUUUGCUGAUGGAAGGUGUCCUUCUCCAUUUUUAUUGUCAUCCUCUUCGUGUUCGUCAUGCUAUUUACUCUUUGCUGUCCUCAGAUCCCCCUGUCAUAUCUGCAGCUGCUGCUUGUUCCUCUUCCCCAAUUGCAGUGUGGCCUUCCUGAGAUUUGUGGGCUGAUUUUUCUUUCUCCUGGUCUUCUCCCAGCUGCAUGCACUGUUUGUCCCGUGUUGUAGUCUGCUUUAUUUUCCCUUUCUCCUGUACUUGGGCCUUCAUGUUCAGUAACUCAUUGUCUUAGACCAGCAGGUCCUUCUCCAGUUGCAGGCUCCUUUCAGGCCUGUAAUCACGUCUGUCUCCUCUUGUGUUUCCUGGCAAAAGGUGACUUGCUCUUCUUAAUGGACAUAAGUUCUUUAAAGGAAGGUAAGUCCCUUAGUAUAUGUUUGUCACAGGGGUUGAAUAGUUUUGUUGAUGUUGUGUUAUUAGCUAGUUAGUUGAGUGCCAUUUUUUGAGCAUUUGUUUCAGUAAUCGUCGGUCUUUCUGUUUGUGCUAUAUCUCUAAUGCAUCUGACACCAUGAGAAUUUGCCAUAACAUUUAAAUUCUUGAGUCUCAAGUACAUAGAAGGGCUAUGCUCUCAAAUCAAUGUAUAUAGCUGUGAAAUUGGUGAGGGAAAACACUUUGGUGCAGUUCUAGGAUGAAUUGGGCAGCAUUUCCUAGCACUUAGCACUUAGUUUUUAGGAUCGUGAACUUUUAAAGUAGAAGGUAGAACAUUUUGGCUUUUAAUUAUUUGGCCCAAAUGUCUAAAACAAUAGUUCUAGAUAGGUGAAACAUUUGGGGCACCGUUGUACAUUUUUAAGCCAUUUCUCAAGCUUUAAGAAAUUAGCACAGCUUUCGCAAUAUUCAGCGGAAGCACAAAUGAAAUAGGUGCCAGCUGUGGGCUUUGGAGGGUGGCAUCUGCUAGCUGCGGAUGGCUUGUGAGAUGCAGUGACACUUCUGGAACAUGAGCAGCAGUGUAUGGCAUGCACAGAGCCUUGGAAAAGCAUGACAGAGUCCUGCAGGAGCCUGCAUUUCACUGCUCUCUGGGUAGCUCAUUUGGGGUUGUAUUUAAAUGUUGCACAGGUAACUAUUAAGUGUCAAAUGCAAGUAUCCAAGGGAAUGAGCCUUUCAAUUUACAUGUUUCAGAUUAGGACAGGACUAACUCCCAUUGUAUAAAUAUUAUUAUUUUUUUCAGGUCAACAAAUAGGGAAGAACAGUAAAACUCUUUAACUUUGGUGUAAUUUUUAAAAACUAUUUUUUAAAUUUUCUCAUGAGUUUUAAAUCUUAUGGUAGUUUUAAAAAUGAGUAUUAACUUACUAGUCUUACGUAUAACUCAAUCUGUUGGCUUCAAUGAAACUGUAAUGAAUCUUUAUGAAUAGUCAUGUAUUUAGCUAUUUUAAGUGAUAAUUCUCUUAAUUAAGAUAGUCUUAAAUCAGGCCAGUCAUGGUGGUGUGCACUAGCCAGGUUCACAGAGUCAGUUCCAGGACAGCCAGGGCUACACAGAAAAACCCUAUGUCCAAAAAAAAAAAAAAAAAAAAAAAAAGGAUAGUCUUAAAGCUGACAAAUAUGAAGCAUACAGUUUAGUUUGGGUGCAAAAGUGAAUAAAAGUUGUAUAUUUUUAUGCACCGUAACUUUGGUUUAAAGUGGCUUAUGCUGUGCUGUGAAGACCUGAUGUCCCUGGACAGAGUAGUCUUCCAACACUCUGCUUGUACAUUUGACUGGAAAAGGAAUACCAAUAUAUAUUGAGUCACGGAAGCUACCAAAGCUGGUACAGUUAGUACAUAAACUUGGAUGAAAUUACUUCAUUUUAAUGUUCAAUGAAAAACUUAGGCUUUAGAAUAAUUUGUAAACUUUGUAUGUUAGCUCAUUUCAUAUAAGACAAACCCAAUUAAUGAAGAAACAAUCUUUGCCUAACCACGUUUUAUAUUUCAAUACUUGGAGAAAGAUAAUGUAAACCCGUUACAUGAUUAUGUCUGUGAUAGUAUGAAAGUUUGCUUUAUUGUGGUUAUUAGUCAAAUAUUUAGGGAAACCAAAAUGAACCCUCCCCAAAUAGCCUGUUGGGUUUGCUGUAGUGUGACAACUUUUAGAGAUGGAUUUAUUCAGCACCCCCUACCCCCACCACCACUACUUCAAUGUCUGUGAAGUGAUUGGAACUGGUUUUCAUUUACAUUGGUGUGACUUCAUAGAUUUCCAGUGACUCAGUCUGUGAAAGUGAUUCUGGAGCACUGCACUUCCCAAGAUGUGGGCUGACACCUGUGCCACUGAGAAUGGCAGUGCUGUCUUUUUUACCAUUAAGUGUGCUGUGACUUCUAAAAGCGUUUUGAUGUAGUCCACACUAGUUGAGAAGCUAAAAACAUUCGUUACAGAAUGCACUGACAGUGACGGAAGGCUGCUCAUACUGCCUUCUGUCAAAUACUGUGUUAACUUUGGUCUAAUUCAGGCUGUUGUAAUGCAUAUGUAAUGUAAUCCAUAAAAUUGGCUGCUUAGGCCAUGCUGGUUACUUCUUGUACCCUUCGUUCUACAAACCACUGUUACUGACCACUUCCUAUAGUUUUAAGUCAUUACUUUUACUGGUUAUUACAGUGUGUUACUACCAUCCCUCUGGACAAAAAAAAGUUUUGAAUGUAUAGGAUAAAUGUGAGAGGUUCUGUUUGCAUUGAUAGAAAUAUAAAAAGUAGAAUCCAUUCAGAAAUGAAAGUGGACCAGAGGGUUUGUCACCUUUAGCUUAAUGCAGUUUGGUUCUUAAGCAGGACUAUAGUCAUGAGUGGGAUACAGAGCAGAUAUAUAAAAUGCAAUGAUUCUUAGACUUGACCAGAGCCCGGCUCACCAGCAGAGCACCCUGGUGUCCCCUGGGUCUCUGCUCUUUUAGAGUCCUCGGCUGUAGAACUAUAUUAUCAAAAGUACUUUUGUGUAGCAAAAAGCUGCAGUUUUAACACUAAUGAUAUGCUAUGAAACUGCUUGCUAUCUAUCUUGUAGUUUACAUUUGACUUUCUGAUGCUUUUUUUCCCCGUUUUUAUAGUCUUUUAAAAGAUUGUUUAAUAGAGAACCUUCUGUUGAUGCUAUUUGUAAAGGCAGCCAAAUAAAAAUUGGUGAGAAAUAA